UAAGCAAACAUUCAGGACAAGUCGUUGUCGAUAAUUUGUUACCUCCGGCGAUGUAUUCGAAGCGCCAUACCAUUGCUCGAGAAAUCUGCUAAUCUGAACUUCUACACAUGGAUACACAGCUACAAACUGGUCUCGGACGGCGAUUUCACGCUCUUCCGUCUGAAUUGCGCGCUUAUAUAUUCUCAUUUCUGCUUGUCCGUCCAGUGAAAUGGGAUUUGAGACACUUGGAGAGCUGCGAGAAGUACUGUGCCAGAACAACAAGCGGGUACGAACGGCCAACACACCAUACCAUCCCGGGGUUGGAAAGUCGCUACGUCUGUGCGAGCUGUGGACCUUGGACACACGAGCGCAAUUGGCGACAUGCCUUUGGGCGAGGAUUUGAGGUAUAUGUAUCACCGUGGAGGAGUAAAUGGGCACCACCUCAGGGUAAUUCAUACAUCUGUUCAAACUGUUACGACGAUCGAAUGCGGACUCGACCAUUCCCGGAGCCAACGAAUCUUCCAUGCUUGUGCGCUCGACGCCAAAGUUUAGAGAUGCGUCUUGUAUGUCGACAAUGGCACGAUGAAGCCAGCCUGGUAUUUUUCUCGGAGAACACAUUUGCUUUCGACGACGUUGUCUCGAUGGGCCACUUCUUUACUGCAAUAUCUGGUCCAUGGGCGAGAGUGAUCUCGAAACUCAGCCUUCUUUUCCCUCUGUGGACUCCAGAAGACGGUCCAUCGAAAGUCAGUGAGAUCGUUAGCUUUCUGUCGAUAUUGAAUGAGCUUCCAUGGCUAAAGUCCCUUGAAUUGGACGCAAAAUUGCUGAAUGAGGAAUCGGCGGUGUCCGCACUUCUCAGAUGCCAAUUCACGAGCCUCAGGAGUGUGAGCUUCGUCGUUCAAUGCCCGCUCCAAGAAGUACUCUGGCGUCCGAUGAAGUCGCCGACAAACAUUUGGAACGAACUGGAGGGACGGAUAGUUCUUUUGGGAGGCUUUCCCGAGGUGGUGGCAAGGUCAAUGAAAACCCGGAAGGACAUCGCUACUCCCGUGAUGGAGUCACAUGAAUUCAUUCAACAGAAGCGUUUAUACGAAGCUAUCCAGGACGAUCGGCACCUCUGGAAGAAGGAGAAGGUCGUAGGGACAAGUAUACGUAGAGUUCUGCUACUCGGCGCAAUGGACCUGCAGUAAAGAUGACUGUACAAAUGACAAUCUUCGACAUGCUGAACCUUUGACAUUGGUCUAGCUUCCACCGUUUUCACUAAUUGAUUCCCACG